GACGAAAGGUUCAAAACCAACUGUACGUCGACUCAUCGCUGCGCGUCAGCCACCCCCGUCCCUCCUUGCUUCCCUCACUACAGCAAUAAAUUUAGAAAUCCACCUCUUAUCCCGAAUCUUGCCACAACGGCCUGUCCAAAUAUCAUCUGGCAAGAGGAAUAUACCUCAUAAACUCAGUGAAAUAUCAUAUCCAGUCCCGACCUUUCGACAGUCGACAAUUCGCCAUCAUACGAUACCCCAAUAAUCUGACGUCGAUUUGGGGUACCUGAUAUUUCGGUAACUCAACCCACGUCCUCGUGUACUUUCCUUCUUCCAUAUUACUUGACGCCUUUAACACAUGACUUCCUUAUAUUCAAAGGGGACUCUAGUAUGGAUAUCCCAACCUUCGUCUGGGUGGGUGGCUGGUACCGUCGAAUCUCUCGAUCUUCCGACAGAUGGGGAUUCUUCUUCUGAAGUCGUUAUGAUCGUGUCUCACGACUCUGAUCCUACUACGAACGAGACACUCAAAUUUCCAUUGUCUGCCUUACAAAGCGCAACAACAGAUCCGACCAGUCUACGAACCACAACUUCAUCAUUGGGUCAGGACUAUUUGCCAGCUUUGAGAAAUCCGCCUGCAUUGGAGACCGCAGAGGACUUGGCCAAUUUGAGUAAUCUCAACGAGCCGUCGGUCUUGCAUGCAAUGGCUACCCGGUACAUGCAGCAUUAUCCUUACACAUACUCUGGUAUUGUCUUGCUUUCCAUGAAUCCGUUUACUCCACUCAACAUAUAUGAAACAGCUUUUGUGAAACUGUACGCAGGUCAAAAGAAAGGGGAGCGAGAACCUCAUGUCUUUGCCAUUGCAGAAGAAGCGCUUGAUUCUAUGCGGCGGGGUGACGGUGGAGGAGGUGUUGAUCCAACUGGUGCUGGGGAUCAGACUAUUAUCGUCAGUGGCGAAAGUGGAGCUGGCAAGACAGUAGCUGCCAAGUAUAUCCUCAAAUACUUCGCGUCAGCUCACCACGACAGCUCGACCCAGUCGACCGUCGUUGGUGAGGAUGGCAUGAGCGAGAUUGAAAAGCAGAUCUUGGCAAGCAAUCCUAUUAUGGAGGCAUUUGGCAAUGCCAAAACAACUCGGAACGAUAACAGUUCGCGCUUUGGGAAAUACAUUGAGAUUUUGUUCAACAGAACAAACGAAAUCACUGGCGCUCGCAUUAGAACUUAUCUCCUUGAGCGGUCACGAUUAACUUACCAACCUAUCUCGGAGCGCAAUUAUCAUAUCUUUUACCAAUUGCUUGCCGGCGCUCCUUCGAAAGAGCGCAAGGAUCUCUCGUUAUCAAUGGCCCCUCGAGACUUUGGAUAUCUUGCAGGUGGUGGGCCUACUUCAACCUCGAUACCAGGCGUUGAUGAUUCCAAAGAGUUUGCGGUUACCCAAAGUGCAUUGUCAACUGUUGGGAUCUCAAUUGAGCGCCAAUGGCAUAUUUUUAGGUUACUAGCCGCCCUACUGCAUUUGGGUAACAUCAAAAUAACCCAAAUAAGGACCGACGCAGCUUUAGCAGAUGAUGACUCGGCCUUAAACAUUGCCACCGAUCUACUCGGCAUCCCGCUCUCAGAUUUCAAGAAAUGGAUCAUUAAGAAGCAGUUGACGACCAGGAACGAGAAGAUAGUGACAAGUUUGGGGAGCACGCAAGCCUUGGUUGUACGGGACUCAGUCGCUAAGUUUAUAUACAGUAGUUUAUUCCAGUGGCUAGUUUGUGUGGUAAACGACAGUCUAGGGGGGAAUAAUGGAGGACGCUCCAAUGCAACGAAGUUCAUUGGCGUACUUGAUAUUUAUGGGUUUGAGCACUUCACCAAAAAUUCUUUCGAACAAUUUUGUAUCAACUGGGCAAACGAGAAACUUCAACAAGAAUUCUAUGCCCAUGUUUUUAAGCUCGAACAAGAAGAGUACGUGCGAGAGCAAAUCAGCUGGAAAUUCAUUGAGUUUGCCGAUAAUCAGGCUUGCAUUGAUAUCAUAGAAGGCAAAAUGGGAGUGCUUGCACUUCUUGAUGAGGAAUCUCGAUUGCCAGGGGGAUCAGAUACCUCGUUUGCGACCAAGCUACAUCAACAGCUAGUUCAACCAUGGCAAAAACAAGUUUUCAAAAAGCCGCGGUUCCAGCAGGGCGCUUUCACAAUUACACAUUACGCACAUGAAGUGACAUAUGAUGUAGAAGGAUUUGUCGAAAAAAAUCGGGACUCGGUGCCCGAAGAGCACCUUUCUUUGCUGAAGAGUUCAGCCAAUGGCUUCCUUUGCGAAGUACUUGCUUUUGCGCUCAAACCUUCAGAAGCGCCAUCUCAGCAGAACUUCAAAACGCCUCUAGUAAUGUCCAAAAGGGUCACGCCUCGCAAACAGACCCUGGGCUCGAUGUUCAAGAAUUCUUUGACGAGCUUGAUGGACACCAUUAAUAACACCAAUGUCCAUUAUAUUAGGUGCAUCAAACCGAACGAAGCGAAGAAGGCCUGGGAGCUGGAUUCCCAUCAAGUUCUAAGCCAGCUUCGCGCAUGUGGUGUUUUGGAGACCAUUCGCAUAAGCUGCAAUGGUUAUCCCUCCCGGUGGGAAUAUGCACAAUUCGCCGAAAGAUAUCAUCUGAUGCUUCAUUCAAAGGAGUGGAACCAAGGUCUCGAUCUUAAGCAACUGUGCUCCUUGAUUCUUCAGAAAACCCUUGACAACGAUGACCGCUAUCAGCUUGGUCUGACAAAAAUCUUUUUCCGGGCUGGCACUUUAGCCUUCCUAGAAUCCCUCCGUUCACGAAGGCAAUAUGAACUUGCAACUACCAUCCAAAAGUACAUUCGGCGGCGUCUUGCGUAUAAGCACUACAGCCAGUUGAAGUCAGGAGCUAUAGUGAUUCAGAAUUGGUGGAGGGGUGUUCUGUCUAGAAAGAAGCUGGUCGAGUUGAAAAAGCUCAAGGUCACUUUGUGGAUUCAGAGUACUGCAAGGGGCCAUCUCAGCAGGAAAAGAUAUAUUCAAGAGAAAGAGAAUGUUGUAAGGCUUCAAACGGUCGCCCGUCGUCAUCUAGCACGCAAAAGGGCAAAUGAAAUGAGGGAGUUAACUGCUGCUGUGACUUUGCAAUGUCUUUUCCGAAGCUGCGCGGCUCGGCGUGAGUAUCAGACUCAAGUCAGACGUAUUGUCGUUCUUCAAUCACAGUGGCGCCGCAAGCUCGCCGUGAGAGAACUUGUUUCCUUGAAAAUUGAGGCAAAAUCCGCCACCAAAUUGAAGGAGAUUUCAUAUCAGCUUGAAAAUAAGGUAGUUGAACUCACUCAAGCUCUUCAAAAGCGCCUCAGUGAGAAUAAGGAUUUGGUAUCUCGAGUUGCCGCUUUGGAGAGAGAGACGGCAGUCUUGAAUCAAAGGAAUAACGAACUUUUAAUAGGAAGGCAGGAAUUGGAACAGAGGCUUUCAAUCGCUUUAGCGGAAAGUGGCAAUUACAAGUCUCUCGUUGCGCAGAAGGAGCAAGUGGAGUCUGAAUUACGCAGAAAGACAGACAAGGACAUUGAGCAACGAGAGGAAAUUCGACUGCUUACUGCACAACUUGAUGCUGCAUUAUGCUCCACUGAGGAAACCAAAGCGUCCCUUGACCUCGCUAACAGUCAAAGCGUUGGAGAUAAGGCAACCAUUGACCAGUUGCGCACAGAACUGUCUCAUGUACGAGAACAGCUUUCACGGACCAAUACUCUUAACGCCUUGACUAAGGGCAACCGAUCCCGAGAGGUUCCGUCUUCACCGUCUACCGGUCAGGGUUUCCGUCAUUUUGAGAAUACUAUCGGUUUAGGCACAGCACCUGACCAGAUUCCUCUGGCUAGGCGGCGUAACAGACGCCAUUCGAUGACUGCCGGUUCUUUGCUUGUUGGAGGUGGCAAUCAAGAUGCGAAUCAAAUUGUGAAGCUCAACCCUCGCGCAGCAUCGACCAUAUACACGCAAGACAUAUCGCUGCACCUGCGCGACUCUCAGGAUUUGCCUUUUUCGCCCUCACUGGCCAAUACUUCAGAUGAAAUUACCAGAUUAUUGGAGGAUGAGGUGUCACUUGAUGAUGAUGUUCUUCAAGGUCUUAUUUAUCAGCUCAAAAUCCCAAACCCCAGUUUGCACGCACCUCCAACAGCUAAAGAUGUUUUGUUCCCAGCACAUCUUAUCAGCUUAGUCAGUAAUGAAAUGUGGAAAAGACACAUGAGGUCAGAGUCUGAGCGUUUUUUGGCUGUCGUAAUGUCAGCUGUGCAGCGCCAUGUCGUGGAAUUUAAAGGCGAAGAUAUCAUUAUUCCAGGAAUCUUCUGGUUGUCCAAUAUCCAGGAAAUUCUGUCGUUCAUUUCUUUCGCUGAAGAUGAGGAAUCGAAAGGUUAUGUUCCGGGAUAUGACUUCUCUAACGGGCACGAUUCAGACUGGCGCGGCUAUAUCCGUUUGCUUGGUGUCGUCAAGCAUGAUCUUGAUUCUCUGGAGUAUAAUAUUUAUCACACCUUCAUGCUUGAGAUCAAGAAAAAACUGUCCAAGAUGGUUGUACCUGCAUUGAUCGAGUCCCAAUCAUUGCCCGGAUUCAUCACAUCUGAAGGCUCUGGAGUGUUUUCCAAGAUGCUCGGCGGUAUUGGAGGCGCGCAACAGCCAGCGGCUAAAAUGGACGAUAUUUUGAACCUCCUGAACAAGGUCUGGAAGUGUUUGAAAAUCUAUUACAUGGAAGAGAGCGUGACUCAUCAGGUAAUGACUGAAUUACUCAAGUUGAUUGGGCAACUCUCUUUCAAUGAUUUACUCAUGCGACGGAACUUCUCUUCCUGGAAAAGAGCUAUGCAGAUACAGUAUAACGUCACACGGAUUGAGGAGUGGUGCAAAGCCCACGAUAUGCCCGAGGGUCUUCUUCAACUGGAGCAUCUCUUGCAAGCUACAAAACUAUUGCAACUAAAAAAAGCUACGCUGAAUGACAUCGACAUCCUUUUUGACGUUUGCUGGAUUCUUUCACCUGCACAAGUUCAAAAACUCAUCAGCCAAUAUCACACUGCGGAUUAUGAAGCUCCUCUCAACGCUGAGAUCCUACGUGCCGUCGCUGCUCGAGUCAAGCCUGAGGACAAAAAUGACCAGCUGCUGCUAGCGCCAGAAACAGACGAUGUGGGCCCAUAUCAGUUACCCCCACCGAGAGAAAUAGUAAAUUUGGAGACCUACGUCCCAGCGUGGCUCAACAUUCCAACUGUUCGACGAUUGGCGGCACUCGUAGCUUAGCGAGUCUAGUCCUUCAUAUUGCAUGCUACCACGCUCUCUGCGUGCUUGAGAUUAAACGAUGCGAUGAUGUGACGUUCAUAAAGUAGAUAAAACUGUCUG